CGAUAAAUACGCGGUCACACUGCUGCUCAAUUUGUCCUCAAUUAAAUUCCAAAAUUUCACUGUUUCUGUUUAUAAAAAGGGCGCAUAUUUGCUUAGGCUUACAAUUCACAAUACACACAAAGUGUUAGUAUCGUUGUAAAACAUGUCAACACCCGCACGCAGACGUCUUAUGAGAGAUUUUAAAAGACUUCAGGAAGACCCACCAACGGGUGUUUCGGGUGCGCCAACAGAUAAUAAUAUUAUGAUAUGGAAUGCUGUGAUUUUUGGUCCACACGAUACCCCAUUCGAGGAUGGAACCUUUAAGUUAACCAUAGAAUUUACGGAAGAAUAUCCAAAUAAACCGCCAACAGUUCGAUUCGUUUCGAAAGUAUUUCACCCAAACGUGUAUGCAGAUGGUGGCAUAUGCCUGGAUAUAUUGCAGAAUCGCUGGAGUCCCACAUACGAUGUGUCGGCCAUACUAACAUCCAUACAGUCACUUCUGAGCGAUCCCAAUCCCAACUCACCGGCCAACUCCACCGCCGCCCAGCUGUAUAAAGAGAAUCGUCGCGAGUAUGAGAAGCGUGUGAAAGCCUGCGUGGAGCAGAGUUUCAUCGAUUAGCCAUGCGCCCACACCAGGAACAGCAACAGCAGCAAAAUCAGAAGCGACAGCCAGAGCAGCGGCCGUACCAGCAGCAGCAGGAAGGACACCAGCUCCAGAUUGAGAAAUCAGCAAACUACAGCAACAAAAAUAUACAAUAACAUACACACGUUUAAAUUAAAUAACAGCAUGAAUAUUUAUAACAAUUAUAAUGCUAUAAAAUUGUAACAGUGUCACUGCAACACACUCAUUUACUAUCCCUCACACAGUCACUCACGAAAGUUCGAUCCUAGUUAGACUUGUUUGGCCCGUUUCAUCGUUUUAUCCAAGAACCAGAGACACACUCCCAGAAAGAAAUGCGAAAUACUUCCCCCAGCAGGCAGCAGCAGCAGCGCAAGCGGUCGCUGCAGCUAAAAAUCCCUCUCGUAAGCUAACAGCGAUUCAAAUGUUAUAUUAGUAGCAUAGAUAUCAGCGGCGGAAAAUGAUUAAUAAUUAUAAUAAAACACAUAUUAUAAAAACUAUGUCAAAUAAUUACAAAAACAAAAUAGUUUCAUUUUAGAUGUGUGCAAAGCAACUCUACUAAGAUCAACUAACUAAACCCACAAUGAAACUCAAUCCGAAGCUUAACCAAAAAGUAAAAACUAAACAGCCUAAUGAAACAAUGAUAUAUGUUAUGUAUGUAUCUGUAAUAGUUCGUGUCGUAGCAAGCAACAGCACAGCAAAAGUUGAAAGUUAAUUGAUUGGCGGCGGUAGCUUCCCAUCUGCCCAAGAACCCGAAAUUGAAAUUGUAAUUGUAAUUGAAUAGUGUUGAGUGCGGAAUGUCAAUGAUAACUCUCCAACCAUGCCCACUUCCAUGCGCACACACUCACACACACACCAACACAUACAUACACACUCGAAAACAUGCUACCUAGAUUGAAUCAUAAGUUGAUUGGCUAUAAAAUGUGAAAUUUACUAGAAAUUGAAAUUAAAUGUUAGUUAUUAUCAAUCAAAAACAAAAACCACAUGGGAAGUGCGAACAAAUCCUGUUGGAAAUGAUUGGAAUGAACGCUUGAACGAGUCUAGAGCAUCGUCCUAUAGUAGUAGCAUCCAGUGAGACCAAUCCAAAAUGUAUUUUGUAUAUUCUUUUGUUGCUUACCCAGCACAGCCCCACUUUCCUAGCCUAACUAUAAGAUCUUGUUCCUCCUUGGCCUGACCUGAACUCUUCGUUUUGGGUCUAUCGCACCCGCAGAGAAACACACACACACUCUCCCCUCCCCUCCCCACCCC